AUGUCCAACGAAAGCUUUGCCACCGCAAUCUUUAAAGACCUCUCCGAGACUCCCUAUGCGUGCUCCUCCCUCACCCCGCUAAGCGGGGGAACCGCCAACUUUGUCUAUCGCGCUCUACUCUCUCACCCUCUCCCAGAUGGAACAACGUCCGUCAUAGUCAAGCAUAGCGAGGCCUUUGUGGCCUCAAACCGGGAGUUCAAGUUGCCCGCUGAACGCUGCCUCAUUGAAGAAUCUAUCUUGGAGUCUCUCAACGAUUUCCCCAGCACAAUUCAUCGAAGGGAACUAGGCGAAGGGCGCACUCAGGAGGUCACUGCUAAAACCCCGCAUCUCUUCACAUUCAAUCGCGAAACCAACACCGCUGUCGUGGAAGACCUCCCAGAUUCUUUGGACCUCAAGUCCUUCUUGAUAUCCAGAAGCGCUUCAAAUAAUGUGUCUCAAGAAUGGGCGUACUCUAUAGGCCGCGCAUUGGGAUCCUGGCUACGAUCUUUUCACCUGUGGGCUGACAAAGAGGCGCAAGCAGGUGUAGCGGCAGAGAUGGAGAAAAACCGAUCUAUGCGGGACUUGAAGUUCACGGUCAAUUACGAUACCCUCAUGAACACGAUUGAUCGAUAUCAUACGAUACUCGGAGAAUAUCGGGAUAUGUUCAGCAAGGUUCGGGACAUGGCGACGGCGGAGUUGAGUCGAAAGGACAAGGAUGGAUUCGGCAUCAUCCAUGGAGAUUUCUGCGUCCUCAUUCCACAGGCAGCCCUGGAGCAACCAUCCCACAUACCACUCUUCAUCAUAGACUGGGAAUUGUGCCAUUGCGGGGCUCGCGCCCUCGACCUGGGCCAGAUGUUUGCUGAGCUGUACAUGUUAAAGCAUUUCAAGGAUAUCGAGGCCGGUGCAUGGAUCAUCCAAGGAUUCAUGGAGGAAUAUCAGGGCUUGGACGAUGAGAUGGCUUUCCGGGCAUUGAUCCAUGUUGGAGUCCAUUUCAUCGCUUGGGGUCCUUUGAUUGCUGGAUGGGGCACGCCACAACAGGUGGAGGACGUAGUACGUCUGGGAAGGGAUCUCGUUACCAAAGCAUGGGAAAAGGAUAGGGGUUGGUUUGAAGGCAUGUGGAAGUCAUUAUUCAGAGACCAGUAAUCAAUCCGAAACCCAAUAUCCUUUUUAUGCAUUACUAGCUUGUGCUCAUGCAGUCGGCUGAAGAACGAGUUCAUGGCAGACCGUGCCAAGUGGAUAUGGUAUUCUAUUUCGCAGUCAGACGCCUAAGUCUCGGCUCUAAAUGCAGUUAGCCUGAAACUACUAUU